AUGGCGUCGUGUUGUCAUAGUCCUUUUACAAAGGCCGUUUUCCUGAGCAUAUUGGGAGCACUUGCAGACACCUUUUUGUCUGUUUUGUUUCUAAUACAUGGGACGAACUUUUCCAGAUUCAGUGAAAAUUUGCAAGUGCAAAAAUUCAAAUUUUGUUCGUCUGUUUUUGAUCUGUGGGUACUGUCCAUUCUUCGUUUAUGUAGUUUGUUUGGUGCGGUCUUUGGGCUUCUGUGCGCUAAACGCAAAAAAGAUGCAAUUGCAAGGAUUAUUCUCCUAAAGAAACCUUUACUGUAUUAUAGUAUUGCCUGCACUGUCUACAUUGUAGUAAAAUUUCUGCUUAGUACAGAAUGUAGUAUGGACAAGACUGCCAAAAUCUGGUUUGGGUGUUAUAUGGGAUGGACGUUUCUUGGUACCCUCAUGACAUAUGGCCUAUGGUACCUACUUUCUCGCAUUAAAGUUGUCAGUCUAUCAACAGAGCAAGAAAUUGGCUCAAUACAAGAACGGCAAACACUCCUUGGCAUCAAUGAUUCUGAAAAUUCAAGUGACAGCAACUCUGACAAUGAAGACAUACCAAGUGUUAAAAAAGAAAGUAAUAUUUCAGCUUGGCGACUUAUGUCCUAUUGUAAACCAGACAUCCCUCAUAUUUCCUUGGCAUCUUUAUUUCUUCUCCUGGCAGCAGUUGGUGAAAUAUUCAUUCCAUAUUAUACUGGACAGGUUAUAGAUGGUAUUGCAAUAGAAAAGGACAAGGCAAAAUUUGCAAGAGCAAUUCUUAUCAUGGCUUUGAUUUCACUGGGUACAGCAAUCGCUGCUGGCUUUCGAGGAGGUUUGUUUAACUUAAUUGAGGCAAGAUUUAACAGGAGAAUCAACAACUACUUGUUUGGAUCCAUUGUAAAACAAGAAAUAGGAUUCUUUGAUGGCACAAAAACCGGAGAGAUUGUCUCACGUCUAACCUCAGAUACAACAAAAAUGUCUGACCAAGUAGGACUCAACAUUAAUGUCUUACUACGAAACUGUGUUCAGUCUACCGGAACAUGCAUUUUCAUGUUCAAGCUUUCAUGGAAGCUGUCUGUUGUUGGCCUCAUUGGACUUCCUCUUGUAGCAUUUAUCUCAGAUAUUUAUGGAGAAUAUUACAAGAAGCUCUCAACGCAGGUACAAGAAGCAACAGCCAAAGCAAAUGAGAUAGCAGCAGAAGUAGUGUCUUCUAUGAAAACAGUCCGCAGCUUUGCAAACGAGGAUGAAGAAAUUGGCCAAUAUAAACGAAGACAGAAUGACAUAUACAAACUAAAAGUCAAGGAGUCACUUCUUUAUGGCGGCUAUAGGUGGUGUACUGAGAUCCUUGCUCUUGCUCUUGAUGUUGUGGUCUUACUUUAUGGAGGUCAUUUGGUCCUUAAAGGAGAACUAAGUGGUGGAUACUUAGUGUCUUUCAUACUAUAUCAAUUGCAGCUGUCAUUUUACAUUGAAGAGGUUGGAGAUAUUUAUACAGGCCUCAUGGAGGCUGUGGGUGCAUCCAAGAAAGUAUUUGAGCUCAUUGACCGUGACCCGAAGAUCCAAAACAAUGGUGGUGUUACAAGCAAUGAGGUUACAGGAGAAGUAAAGUUUGAAAAUGUUUCAUUUGCCUACCCUACAAGACCAGACAUUCCAGUGUUAAGUAAUGUUUCCUUUAGUGCAGAAAAAGGUGAAGUUGUCGCACUUGUUGGACCAAGCGGCGGAGGAAAAAGCUCAUGUAUAAAUCUUCUUCAGCAUUUUUAUGAGCCAACGGCUGGUCAAGUUCUGAUUGAUUCCAUUCCAGUUAAAGAUUAUGAACACAAGUUUCUGCACACCAAAGUUGCACUUGUUAGUCAAGAACCAGUUCUUUUUGCAAGAUCAGUCAAGGACAACAUUGCAUAUGGCAUUACUUCAAACAGUGAGAUUGAUCAAAGUUUAGUGGAGCAUGUAUCCCAGCUUGCAAAUGCUCACUCCUUUAUCAGUGAAAUGCCAGAAGGUUAUGACACUGAAACUGGUGAAAAAGGCCUGCAACUUUCAGGUGGACAAAAGCAAAGGAUUGCCAUUGCAAGAGCACUUUUGCGAAAUCCACAAAUUCUUCUUCUUGAUGAAGCAACUAGUGCCCUUGAUGCCGAAAGUGAGCAUCUAGUACAGGAUGCCAUUUACAAGAAUUUAACUGGUCACACAGUAUUAAUUGUUGCCCAUCGGUUAAGCACUAUUGAGAAAGCUGACAAAAUUGUAGUCAUUGACCAUGGUAGAGUUAUUGCACAAGGCAAACACAAAGAGCUUGUAGAACAGAAUGGAUUAUAUGCAAAACUAGUGAGACGCCAAAUGUUAGGCCUUGAAAAACGUUCUUCUCAUGAUGUUGCUCAAACUUCUAAUAGAUACUUGAGUCGGUCUAAUUCAGAAAGUAGUGAUAGUGGAAGUUCUAACUGUAGUUUGGCUCUGUCAAAAAAAUAA